UAUCCAGUCCGUGGCGUAGUUUGAAUAAUUCGUGAGGCAAAUGUGGCGCGAUCUGACGAUUGUGAGCCUAAUUGUCCUAGUUUUGUGAGGUGUGAGCGGACGGCACCCGCUCUUGGUGCUGACUGGGGCGUUCUCCUGGAUCAGCAGAGGAGGAAGUGUCCCGCAGUGAGUUGUGAAGGGGACUGCGAGAAGUAGGAGGUGUGCGAUAGCCAGCCUCAGGGGGCGGACUCAUUUGUGGGACGGAAGAGGAGUACCAAGGAGGAGCUCGGAGGGUUCCGAGGAAAACUACAGCGACAUCUGGUGGUAAGUAAAGGGAAUUUCAGGUGAGUUAAAAUAAUGACUGAUCAACAGGAGAUUAUUAGAGAAGGAGUGAGGAGUCCAACGGAGGGAGAAAUGCAAUGGAAAACUGUUGAGAAGCAAAAAGAGAAAUGAGGGGAAGCAUUGAAGAUCACCAUGACAGGACAUCUAACAGGUAAGAAUGGUAAAAUACUGGAACUGGGGAAGGAAAUAAUGAGUGUAUGUGAUCAAGCUGGAAUAAAAGGUGACAUGCGAUGCUCUCUUGCAAAGGUUUUGUUGGAAGCGGCCAAGGCAUCUGAGGAGAAGGAGGAGAAACUCAGGAAAGAGUUAGAUGGAGCAAAUAUCUUGGAGAAGAGGGGAGUUAAGGACCGAAUAAAGGAGGAGGAGGAGAAACGAGCCAGGCUGGCUGCAUGGGGAAUCAGCUGCCAAGGAUUGGAGCACUGGAUGAGGGAACCUGUGGAAGAGGAAGCGCAGGUGCCUGUGAACUUGAUGGGGCGAGACCUGCUCAUCAAACUGGGAGCUGUGAUCAUGUGUGGGCCUGAUGGUUUAACAGUGACUCUGAAGGAUGGCACACAGCUUCCAUGUGUGGCCACAGGUACGAGAGGACAGUGGCUGCUGUCUGAGGACAUUGAUCGUACAGCAGAAAUCUACUGGGCCCGGCUGACGACCUCUAACGGCAUCCUGGCACACUUCCAACUCUGGCGGCCCUGGAUCAUGGCCCUCGACGUGUAUGCUCCACCCAUUGACCCAUACCACGUGGCACUCUUUUAUGAUCGCGAAAACACUGAGUGGUAUGAAGAUCUGUUCCAUGAAUUCCUGGAGGGGAAGGCAUGGCAGGUCUCUACCAGAGAUAUUUAUGUUGGACCGCAGGGGCGGUUCAUUCUGGACAUCAAGCGAAGGACUUGGGUCCCAUGA